CGACGUGGCUGCGCAGGCGGCGCGGGGUGAGGGGUGAGCGGGCAGCGGCCGCGCCGACGGCCUGUCUGUCUGUGUCUGCCCGCCUGUGUGUUGCAGGCGCCGGUUCCCUGGACGGGUCGGGCCGCCAUGCUGCCGAGCGCAGGCUCCUCCCGUGCCGCUGGCGCCGCUCUGAGGCCGCGCCUCCGGCUGCAGGCCGGGCUCGCCGACUGCGUGUGAGGCGGCGCCGCCGCGCCGUGUGAAGAUGGAAGGAAUACUUUACAAGUGGACCAACUACCUGACGGGUUGGCAGCCUCGUUGGUUCAUACUGGACAAUGGAAUACUUUCUUAUUAUGAUUCUCAGGAUGAUGUUAACAAAGGCAGCAAAGGGAGUAUCAAAAUGGCUGUUUGCGAAAUUAAAGUACAUUCAACAGAUAACACACGAAUGGAGCUGAUUAUUCCUGGAGAACAACAUUUCUAUGUCAAAUCAGUCAAUGCUGCUGAGAGGCAGAGAUGGUUGGUGGCACUAGGCAGUUCGAAAGCAUGUCUUGCAGAUACAAGGACUAAAAAAGAAAAAGAAAUCAAUGAGACCAUUGAAUCUCUCAGAACUAAGAUGUCCGAACUUCGGUUGUAUUGUGACUUGCUAAUGCAGCAAGUGCAUACAAUACAAGAGUCUGUUAAACAGGAUCAGCCAGGUUUGACGCCACCUGCUGAGAAUAUGAAUGAAGCCUCUUCUUUGCUCAGUGCCACGUGUAAUACCUUCAUUACAACUCUUGAAGAGUGUAUGAAAAUAGCCAAUGCCAAGUUUAAGCCAGAAAUGUUCCAGUUUACUCACUCCGAUCCACUUGUCUCUCCUGUUUCACCAUCACCAGUUCAGAUGGUUCGGAUGAAACGAUCAAUUAGUCAUCCUGGUACCAUUCUUUAUGAUGGCAGGAAACUGGACGCUCCUCACCAAAAGGAAAUGCUUAUUGCAACGUUACGGCCUGAAGUGCACAGGAGAAUACGGACGUAUUCAGAUACUGAAUCAUACAAUGAUGGUGGUCUGGAUGAUCCAGAAAAGAUUGCUUAAAUUUCUCGAAAUUCUUUAUUGACUGCAAAUGGUGAAUUUCCUCCAGUGACCAUUCUGGAAGAAAAUGCUGCAAUCUCAAGGAAGAAAACCGGGACAGAGGGUCAUUUUGUUGCACUUUCAAGUUGAAUAUCUGAAUUAAAAUGGAUUUAAAAUAUGAUCACUGCUAAUAUUGCUAUGCAAUUACUGCUAGCAUUUAGAUAUUGCAACAAGAGGGAAAUGGUUUCCCAGUUAAAUGGUUUUCCCUGCACUUUAUAAUACGACAUCAAGUCAGAAAACCUGAGAAGCUUACCCAACCUUAUUUCUAUUAUAUAUUUUCAGUAAGUUACAACUGUAUUUUCUACAGUAUUGUGUAAUAAACCCACUGAAGAUCAGUGAUCAUCUGAUUUCAGAACUUUGCCAUACAGAACAAUGGUACCAUUGAGUUAAUAACAACUGUGAAGCUUCAGUGGUGAAAUAAGGACGCAACACAUGACUAAAGACAGCAUUGCCGGAGGUGUGCACUUUGGGGAUUGUUGGCCAGGAUUUGAGAGAAGGAAUUAAAUCCUUGGGGCUGCACAAAUUCACUGUAUGCACCCGUGUAUCCUUGGACAAUGAGCAUUCUGGAGGAAUUGCAGUUGGAUGUUGUUUCUAUUUACACCUUUUAUUUGACUUUGUAGUUAGUACAUGUUGAAUGAAACCUGUUAUGUAUAUGAACAUUGAGUACUGUUGUAGGAUGAGGUUUGGAUUGUGCUUCAUUUUUUUAGUAGCAGACAAUUAGUACUGGUUAUACCAGAACUCAUAGGUAUAGAAGCAGUUUCUGAAACAAAGUUAAAACUAUUGUGCUCUGCAUUACCUUUUUGAAAGAGAAAUUAGUAGAUUCUAUCCACUUAAAUAUUAAAGGAAUGAAAAGGUGUAUUUUCUAUUCAAUAAAAAUACAUUGAUAAAAUACAAUAGUGACCCAGGUACAAUUGUAACUGGCAACUAUAGAAAAUAAAUUACUUUUUUAUAUGACCAUCUUCAUUUGAGGUAAAGGGAAAAGUUUUUCAUUUGAGUUGAAACCUUCAAUGGUUUAAUUGGCUAAUAUGGCAAGCAAAAGUUAUUUGGUUUAAAUGGUUUAAAAUAAACAUUUUGUAACUCUUAAACCAGUUAUUUCCAGUCUAUUUGCAGAAAUGUAACCUGUUGUGCAAUGGAAGAGAUUUCAGAGCUCUGGUGUUUCCUUAUCACUUGUGCCAUAUUUAAGCAGAGGUCUGAAAUAAAGCCAGAAUAGUGAAUUGUAGCUCACACGAAUUUGUUACCUGGAUUUAAAUUAGAUGACCGGAAAAAGGAUAAUUUGUCCCACUUUUCCCUAAAUGUAAUGCAUUUAUAUAUUAACAAUUCAAUAUCAAUCAUCAGUUAAAAUCUUUUCAAUCCCAAUUACUUUUGUUGCUCUUAUUUAUAUGCUGGGUAUGCUGUCAAUGCAGUUUAUUUAGCAAUCUGUUUCUUCCAAUAUAAACAAUAUGAUUACAACAUAGGGUGGAAUUAUAUUACUUUAACACAUUUAGUAGAAACAGUUGUAGUGUUAAACUUUGUUUUACUGCCUAUUAAACUUAACAACAUUCCAGUGUUUUUAGACUCCAUUCUCCAAAAUGCCAUUGUUUUAAAUGAAAAAUAUUUAAGUUUGCAAUGUUUGCGUAUUUUUCUAAUAAUAGACAACGUGUUGUGAUGAUUUCAUAAUUCCAUGAUUUAUAAAAACUACACUUCAGACAUGUUAGUGUUCUAAACAUAGAUUCACUGAUGUGCAGGGUAUACACAGCACUUUAAUGUCCAAAACCCCAAGGCCUAGUCUAAGAGGAGAAUGUCUAAAUUUGGUCCCCCAAACCAGCCUUUAAAGAUAGAACUAGUAUUAAACAAAUAAAAGUGUCAACAUACUAGUAAAUAAUGGAAUUAAUGAUACCAAGUGAGAAAGAGUAAUUUAAUGCUAUUAACUAUGCUAUCAAUUUGUUCUUUUGUGAAUAUUAAAUACUGUGAAUAUUAAGAGUUUGCAUGCAGAAUUUGUAAAAUGGACAGAUUUAUAUCAUGCAUUUUUGUUUUUAACAAGUCCAUAGCUUCAGGCAUUCAAGCUUAAAAUUCAUGAUGUUCUAAUUUAGCUGAUAACUGGAAGCCUCCCGUUUGUGAACUGCCUGGUCUCUGCUGGAGCACCAAUAACAAAUUUGAACGUUGGUACCCUGGGUCUCAGGAGAGGAAAAUCCAACCAGAAUUUCAAUUACCAUCUCUUCUCAACUUUGCCAUCCUCUUGGGGUAUGUUUUCAGAUGUCUGUGAAGAUGGAAUUAUGUGACUUCCCCAUUCCAGUCAACUGCCACACCUUUUUUUGUAUCCAUUGAGGUUUGUUAAUAUUGCUCUGGCGUUUUGCAUGAAUAACAGGCCCCUUGGAUAAAAAUUGAAUCCAGAGCUGAGCAGCACAAAUUAAAGCUGGAAAGGAGGGAAGAAAAUGUCCCACUUAAUUGUCUUAAAACAUGUAGCACUAAGUUUUAUUAGUGAUUUUUUUCCGCUGUUAUAAAUUACAAUGAAAUAAAAUUGUUCACUUUUCAAAUUUUUAUGCUUUUCACUGAUUAACUAUAAUAGUUUAAAUGUUAAUACAUUCACAUCAAGAGAAUAUAAUUGCUUUUAGAGCAGAUAUUUUGAAGUAUUGUAAUCUAAAUCGGGUAUUGUGGAGCCAUUAAGAUAUCAGCAUGAUUGAUUUAUAAUGUCAUGUAUAAAAUGUGAAUUUUGCUCUCGGUCAAUGUAAAUAACUAUUGGGGAAAGGACAAUAAUACUGCUUUCAGGAUGUCCUUUAGGAUUUGCUGGUUCGAUGUGUGAAAUGGCCUGCUUUUUCUCGAUGACGGAUUUUAUAAAGAAAUUAAAUUGUUCUGAAAAUA